GGUCCAGGCACUGAGGUGUGUGUGGCCCAGGCUAUGCUGAGAGAACAAGCAAGCUUUUAGCAAGAAUUUAAGUCAGAGAUCUCACCAGGAGUAGCUGUUGCUGCCUUGCUUUGGAGGAGAGACUGUUGCAGGUGACUCUAGCUGGGAGAAGCUGCAGAGAUGUCAGGGAGGAAACCAGGCAAGGAGGACGUGGCAAGCGGUAACAAAAGAGGAGAAAGCAUUUUCUCCCUGGCACCUGGAUGGCAGCAGGGAGGUAAAAACUGGGUUCAGAAUAGUUACAAGGAAAGAGGAAGGAAUGGGAGCUAAGACAGCCUUGAAAGUACCAGCAGCAGGCUAGUGAAUGCAAAUGAAUGGGAGGGACACUGCAGCAGGUGAGGAAAUCCUCAUUAAGGAGAGCUUAAUGAGACAGUAAAAGCCUCUGGGAAGCCUCACAGUCCUCACACCUCUUCUCUGGUGAGACUUCCCUGAAACUACUCCAAACAAACAAACAAAAGUCAACAUGGCUGAGCAGUGAUGGAUGGAGUUCAGGAGCCAGGAUGACAGCAGCAUUUAUCUUCUCUCAGAAAUGCCUCUUUUUCUAUAAACACUUUGCUGAUGGCCAAGGCCAGGUGGCAGCGCGGUGUCCGGCAGGGAUGGAGAUGCCCAGAGCUUCCUCUCUGCUGGGAAUGCAGAUGUGAGCUCCAAAAUAAUGGCACCCUGUGGACAUCACCACGUUAUUCCACAUGGAUUUUGCACCACGGGUGAAAUAUUGCUUUCAAAGAAUGACAACAGCUGCUUCAGCAAGUGGAUUUGCUGUGCAAGAGGUCAUUAUUUACAGCUGCCAGCUUUAUUGAAUUCUUCCUUACAUUUCACCCUUAUUUUCUUUUAGAAGUGGCAGAACAACUUAGGGUUGAUGUUUUGUGUGCCAUCUACUGAAAUUGGGGCCAUCAUGAAUAUCACCAAGGGUGGGCUGGUGCUGUUCUCAGCUAAUUCCAAUCCCUCAUGCAUGGAGCUGUCCAGGAGGAUUGCUGAGCGCUUGGGAGUUGAGAUGGGGAAGGUUCAGGUUUAUCAAGAGCCAAACAGAGAAACGCGAGUGCAGAUUCAGGAGUCUGUGAGAGGAAAGGAUGUAUUUAUCAUCCAAACGGUUUCAAAGGAUGUGAAUACCACAAUCAUGGAGCUCCUGAUCAUGGUGUAUGCGUGUAAAACCUCCUGUGCCAAAAGCAUUAUUGGAGUGGUUCCUUACUUCCCCUACAGCAAACAGUGCAAGAUGAGGAAAAGGGGCUCCAUUGUCUCCAAAUUGCUGGCCUCCAUGAUGUGCAAAGCUGGACUAACUCAUCUUAUUACCAUGGAUUUACAUCAGAAGGAAAUUCAGGGUUUCUUCAAUAUUCCAGUUGAUAACUUGAGAGCAUCCCCAUUUUUACUGCAGUACAUCCAAGAAGAGAUACCAGACUACAGGAAUGCUGUAAUUGUGGCCAAAUCUCCUGCGUCUGCAAAGAGGGCACAGUCGUUUGCCGAGCGCUUGCGGUUGGGAAUCGCUGUGAUCCACGGGGAAGCUCAGGAUGCUGAGUCUGACAUGGUGGAUGGUCGGCACUCCCCUCCUACAGCCAAAUAUGUAGCUGCUAUCCACCCCAGCCUGGAGAUCCCCAUGCUGAUUCCCAAGGAAAAACCACCCAUCACAGUUGUUGGAGAUGUAGGAGGAAGAAUAGCUAUCAUUGUGGAUGACAUCAUAGAUGAUGUUGACAGCUUUCUGGCUGCAGCUGAGACCCUCAAGGAGAGAGGGGCCUACAAGAUCUUUGUCAUGGCCACCCACGGCCUGCUGUCCUCAGACGCUCCCCGGCUGAUCGAGGAGUCUGCCAUCGAUGAAGUGGUUGUUACAAACACAAUUCCACACGAAAUACAAAAACUUCAGUGCCCCAAAAUCAAGACUGUGGAUAUCAGCAUGAUCCUGUCAGAAGCCAUUCGCAGGAUCCACAAUGGGGAGUCCAUGUCGUACCUUUUCAGGAAUAUAGGAGUGGAUGAUUAAAGCUUCUCCCUCUAAAGAAGCACCCCGGGCCAAACUGGAAGCGAACAGAGAAUGAG